AUGAGCGAGCAUGCGGCAGCUGCAAAGAUAGCGAACCAGACGGAAAAAAGCGGUGUCAUCACAACGUUGCUAGUGUUCAGUGUCUCGCUUGCGGUGGUUCCUAUAAGUGCAUACUUUGGCACACAAUGGUAUCUUACCCCUGGUAACACGAUUUAUCCUGCUGUCGCGGCGGUCGUUUCCGCAAAUAUCAUUCUAAUCAGCUACGUUAUACUGGCAAUCAGGGAUGACUCGGAGACACGAAAGACCCUGCAAGAGAAGAAGGACCGAUGA